UUUGGCCACAAUUAAAUGAGUCCUCAGGAGGAGGUGGAGGAGAGACGCUGUCAGUCCCAGUCUUCAGUCUUCCCAGCCACAGAAGCCAGUGUGUUGGUUUUCACCAGUCAGUCGGCGUGUGUUGUGUUCAGCCAGGGACUAAGCAGUGAGUCUCUCUCUUUUCCCCUCCCUCCCUCCGUCCGACCGAGGAAAGCAAGGCGAAAGGCGAGCGCUCAUUCCACCACACGGCGGUCCUCCAUGGCUAUGUGCAACGGAGACAGCAAGCUGCAGAUUGGCAGCGUGGAGCAGAAUGGGUCGUAUGAGGGCGCCGUGGCCAUCCUGGAUGCUGGCGCCCAGUAUGGCAAAGUCAUUGACAGACGUGUGCGAGAGCUGUGCGUGCGCUCAGAGAUCCUCCCGUUGGAGACCCCUGCCUUUGCUAUUAGAGAACAAGGUUACAGGGCAAUCAUCAUUUCAGGAGGCCCUGCUUCUGUGUAUGCAGAGGAUGCACCACGGUUUGACCCUGCUAUAUUCACUAUAGGAAAGCCUGUCCUGGGGAUUUGCUAUGGAAUGCAGAUGAUGAAUAAAGUUUUUGGUGGUACGGUUCACAAAAAAUGUGUAAGGGAAGAUGGGGUCUUCAGUAUUGGAGUGGAUAACGGCUGCUCACUUUUCAGAGGUCUUCAGAAGGAAGAAGUGGUUCUCCUGACUCAUGGAGACAGUGUUGAUAAAGUAGCUGAUGGCUUUAAAGUGGUGGCCCAAUCGGGACAAAUAAUCGCAGGUAUUGCCAAUGAGCAGAAGAAGCUGUAUGGAACUCAGUUUCACCCUGAGGUGGACUUGACAGAGCGUGGUAUGGAGAUGCUUCGCAACUUCCUCUUUGAGAUUGCAGGAUGCACCAGUAACUUUACUGUCCAGAACCGCCAGCAGGCUUGCAUCAGUGAUAUCAUAGAAAGAGUUGGCAAGUCAAAGGUUUUGGUGCUGUUGAGCGGUGGCGUCGACUCAACCGUGUGCACGGCCCUCCUCAACAAAGCUUUGAACCAGGACCAAGUGAUUGCAGUUCACAUUGACAAUGGUUUCAUGAGGAAAAGAGAGAGCCAGAGCGUUGAGGAGGCCCUCACCAAAUUGGGCAUCAAACUCAAAGUGGUGAAUGCAUCACACACUUUCUACAAUGGAACAACAACACUUCCCAUCUCAGAGGAGGACAGGACUCCCCGGAAACGGAUCAGUAAGACCUUGAAUAUGACCACCAACCCCGAAGAGAAAAGGAAGAUAAUUGGUGAUACAUUUGUUAAGGUGGCAAAUGAGGUGAUCGGAGAGAUGAAUCUAAAACCAGAAGAGGUUCUCUUAGCACAGGGUACACUGCGACCUGAUCUCAUAGAGAGUGCUUCUCAUCUUGCCAGUGGAAAGGCAGAGGUCAUCAAAACACAUCAUAAUGACACCGAGCUCAUCCGCAAGCUUAGAGAUGAGGGGAAAGUAAUCGAACCGUUGAAAGAUUUUCAUAAAGAUGAGGUUCGAGCACUCGGGAGAGAAUUGGGUCUGCCAGAGGAAAUAGUCUCACGACACCCUUUCCCCGGUCCUGGUCUGUCAAUCAGAGUUAUUUGUGCAGAGGAGCCAUACAUCUGCAAAGACUUUGCUGAAACGAACAACAUCCUCAAAAUCAUAACAGACUUCUCUGCUAGUGUCAAAAAGCCACAUGCCUUGCUGCAGAGAGUCAAGUCGUGCAUAUCAGACGAAGAAGAAGAGAAGCUCAUGCACAUCACCAGCCUUCAUUCACUAAAUGCCUUCCUGCUGCCCAUCAAAACUGUUGGCGUCCAGGGAGAUUGCCGCUCUUACAGUUAUGUGUGUGGUGUCACAAGCAAAGAAUCACCUCAUUGGGAAUCUCUAAUGUUCCUAGCCAGACUGAUCCCACGCAUGUGCCAUAGCAUCAAUAGAGUUGUCUAUGUGUUUGGGUCCCAUGUGAAAGAGCCACCAAUAGACAUAACUCCAACUUUCCUGACCACAGGCGUCCUAGGCACCCUCAGACAGGCGGACUUUGUUGCUCAUUCUAUACUCAGAGAGUCUGGCUACUCUGGAAAGAUCAGCCAGAUGCCAGUUAUCCUGACUCCCCUGCACUUUGAUCGCGACCCAUUGCAAAAGCAGCCUUCCUGCCGACGUUCUGUUGUGAUCCGCACAUUCAUCACCAGCGACUUCAUGACCGGCAUCCCCGCCACACCAGGGAAUCAUAUCCCAGAGGAGGUGGUGCUAAAGAUGGUCAACGAGAUCAGAAAGAUCCCAGGUAUCUCAAGAGUUAUGUACGACUUGACUUCCAAGCCACCAGGCACCACAGAGUGGGAGUAAAAAACACACAGCAGUGACAGGAGACACACAUCCACACAAACAACUUUUCAAAAGGUUGGUGAACUCCUCCCAACCUUUCAUCUCCUCCAUACACCCUUUCACCCCUUUUUUUCGUCAACAUUCCCAUGGACGACAGACUAGGCUCUGUACAGUGCCCUACAUCCCCUUGUCUUAAUUAUUUUGGUGACAGAGAUUGAUUAUAGAUACUUAAUUUUUUGUCCAAUUUCAAAAACGAAUUUAAAAAGAAGCUAACGGUUAACUUUCAUUUUGAGUCAUUUUGAGAUGUUGUGAACAUUUUUAGAUUGUUGUGCAACGGUGCAUUGCGGGAUAAACACGGAAUACCCGUGAGAAGAACAGAAAGCGGGAUUAUUCCUCCUCAUCCCUUUGGGCAAAGGUUGUGUCUAACAGUAGGGAGUCUGAAUGUGUUCAUCCACCUUUUUUCACCUCCUACCUGCAUACUGUGCUAUGAAGACUGUUGCCUCUUCGAAGUGGAGCAGCUCAGACAACCUCGAGUGACCAAUUUUGUAAACUUUAUGGUUUGCCAAAAGUAGACGCUCUUGUCUUUGGCGUCUCCUAGUGGUCAUCACGGACAACUGUUAUUCUAACUUUUAUGGCUGGUGUUAAACUGUGCAGGAGGCCAAAAUCAUAUAUAACUUUGUAUGUGCCUGUUUUUUUCCUCUUUAAUGUGACAAGUUCUGGACCUCGAUAUUUCCAGAACAUAGUAUAACAAUUUCUCAUGCUGCAAUAUGUAUGCUUUUUAAACCAUAACGACAGAACUAGUACAUAAUCACUUGUAAAUUGUGGUUGUCUUUUGUUGCUGCUCUUGUUUUGAGCAAGAGUGCGUCUUUGCACAUAUUGUUCUUUUUUAACAUAGAGCCUCAGAGCUUUAUAAAGAUAACCCAGUCAUUGGGAGGUGUGGCCAUAUCAAACGCUUCACUGAGUGGUGUCUCCUGCUCCAUUUUUAACUCUAAAUGUUUUUCUACUCUGAAUUAUUAUAUAUCAAUCUUGCCAUCUAAAUGUCACCUGGCUCAGGUUUAACUGAGUUGGAGCAAAAACACAAGCUCAAGGCAUUUAUGUGCCUCUACUUUAAAUUGCAAUGUUACCUUAAAGCAAAUGGUUUGAUGACAUUUUGUUUCUUAUUGUCUCUGUUACUUGCCUUUAAAUGUAUAUUUUUGUCUUAUGCCCCCAUGAAAAAGAGUGGCUUGAUAUCUUUAACAUACUUUUGUAGUUUGAAUUAAAUUGCAAUAUCCAAAUGGUUAAGUUAUGCAAUCCUAUGUCUGGGGAUUAUUUUUCAAAUUCAUCAUGCUCAUUCUUUCCUUAGUAAUGUGCCUCAAAACAAGCCUCUUGCAUGCAGUUUCAACAGUGAUGAAAUUUAUACUAUAAAAACUGAGCUUUAAUAAAGACCUCUGUGUUGAAACCUA